CUGCUCUUCACCACCACAGACAGUUGAUGCUGCGCCUUUCACUUCUUCGUGUCCUCACAAAUUCUUACUGGCCCCGCUCAAGGCACCUCCCGCACUCGCUAACUCAUGUCGUCGACGCUAGCUCCACCACGGCCGCCCUUGGUCGUCAGGACAGCACGACUCCUGGCAGCCUCUCUUACUCCACAGCCGAUAUGACGAGACGCAAGGGUCAGAAACACCAGCUCCCCAAUCGCCCGCCGUCGCCGACCGCAAGCCAAUUUGAUGGCCUUCGGUCUGCGCAAUCCCCGGUAGCCACCCAUCCGCUCCCGAUUCGCCCUCCGUUGCCGAUCGGUAAUGGACUUGCGACCGAAAGGACAUCCUCUGUGGUUGCGCCGAACCCUCCAGCCAACGUUUCCGGUCCUCCCAUUGCCGGGGCUGCUCAAGCUGACGACAAUUACACCCAGCAAGCCUGCUAUAAUAACCAGUGGGCUGAAUACUACAAUCAGUGGGCCCAGCACUGGCAGCAACUACAACAGACCGGCUACUCGCACUAUCCGUACGCUAACCAGGCCAACCUACCAUACCCAUACGCCAUCGGCGCUUUCAACCCGCAGGCUGCGUACCCUCCAGCGCAAGCUAUCUACCCUCCAGUGCAGGCUGCGUAUCCUCCAGCGCAAGCUACAUACGCUCUGACUCAACCGACGUCUGCGUCACUUCCGGGACAAGGUAUAAACUUCCAAGGAGUGCGGCCCACCACUCCUUCUCAUCAGUUGUGUUCUCCUAACUUAGAGAAGGACGAAGGUCUGGGUCGAGCUCCAGCCCCUGGGGCUGUGUCAGAUGCCGCCACGAAAUCGAACGACGGGGCAACUGCUACGGCUCCACGGAAGGAUCGGAGAAAGAAAGGUAAAGAUCCCAAGAUUAUGCUUCCCGCCCCUCAACCUACACCCGAGUAUCUGGCGCAAGCCUCUUCAUCGCCUACCGUUUUGGACCCACCAGACGGAAAGCUCGUGAUCCUGGACCUCAAUGGUACUCUGCUCUACAGGCCCAAUGCGCGAAACCAGCCCACUAGGAUGAUCGGACGUCCUUUCCUUAGGCAAUUCCUUUCUUACCUGUUCGAGAACUUUUCCGUUAUGAUCUGGUCGAGUGCAAAGCCAGAGAACGUCAAAAUCCUCGUGGAAAACGGGCUCGGUGAGGACUUCCAACCCAAGCUCGCCGCCUCUUGGGCUCGAGACACGCUUGGUCUCACACCCAAGCAGUACGACCUCAACGUACAAGUCUAUAAGGACCUUAGUCGCGUCUGGGGCAAAGAGGAGAUUCAGAGUCACAUUUCGGGCUUUGAGGAUGGUAAGCGCUUUGAUCAGCGCAAUACCAUUCUCAUCGAUGACUCCGCCUUGAAGGCUAGCGCGCAACCCCACAACCUACUUGAGGUCCCCGAGUUUAAGGGGACGUGGGAUGAUAUGAAGCAAGACGUUUUGGGGGAAGUUGCGGGCUACCUUGAGCUGCUAAAGAUGCAGGAAGAUGUGUCAAGGUUUAUCCGGCAGACCCCGUUCAAGGCCGAUGGAACCUGGCAGUACGCUUGGGAGGUUGAUAGGACUGAGGCUGGCACUGAUACCCGGAACGCCCCGCUGGAUGAUGGGGACAAGGACGGAGCUCUUGAACCAGUCGUCGUGGAGUGAACGCUGGUAAUGAAAUUCCGUCGGAUCCGAGAUCGAUGGACGACUUUUCUUCGGUUGCAGAAUCGGGUUUAGUACGAAUGGCAGGAGGGUCUCAAGACUUAUGAAUAGAGGGUCAAUGAGAGCUUUAUGACCUGCACAUCCAAGCGAAGUCGUGCUUUUCGUUUCAAAACAUCGCGUGGGUGGACCUUGAAAUGUUGAAAUUGAGCUCAUAGUGGGUUCGAGUCAUGCUCUUCAGGUAGCUAAAUGCUUACAUGACCAUAAUUGCCCUCUCUAAUUUCCUGGACAGCACUCUACUGGAGGGUAGAAAUAGGUAUGCGACUAGAGACUUCGAUUGCCAGAAGAGGUGGAUG